AUGAGCAGUAUGCAGCAGCGGAGAGAUGAGAUUCUGGCGAAGAAGGCGAAGCUCGCCGAGCUGAAGCGUCAGCGUGAAAUGCGACAGCGAGAGUUCUCCCAAACACGCAUGAGUAUAGGGGAAGCCUCGGAGAUAUUGUCUCCUACUCCCGGUCGCUCGGAUAAUAGAGCUGAACUCGAUAGUUUGAUUUCCCGACUGGUGGACAGACCAUCAUCAGCGGCCCGAAAAGAAGGUGGAGAGGCAUCGCCGAGAGGGCGCGGAAGUAGGCCAAAUUCAGUACUCAGUGGAGGACAGCUAAGUGGAGAUAAUGCCGAAACAUAUACUCCACCAGUGCGACCGCUCUCGCAAUCUAUCGCGACGCAAACCACACUCAGUCCAACGGACCCCCAAGCCCAACCCCAACCUCUGCUUGCACUAAAAACGGAAAUUUUAACAUACAACAAGGCAGUACAGACGGAUGCUUGGACUGACACUAAGGCAUACUCGGGAGAUGAGUCAGGGUCGGAUAACGACGGAUCUCCUGUACGGAUGAGUAGAAGGGCCCAUGAGAGAGAUGAGGUGAUCAGAAAACAGCUACGAAAGGAAAUUGAAGACGAAAUAGCAGCUUCUAUAGUCUCGGAAAAAGAUAUUGAUUCGCAACAGGCUGGGCAUCCGAGAUACCCACUACGCACGUUAACAAACGAGGAGCUCAAUGCGGUCACGUCUUCAGGAGAGUUUUUAGAUUUCGUGGAGAGAUCAAGUAAAGUUAUAGAAAGAGCGUUGGACGAAGAGUAUGACGUUCUCGCGGACUAUGCGUUAGGUGGACUUGGGGCCGAAGACGACGAGGACGACGAUUUCAGAGUUGGAAAGAAGCGAAGAGAGAUAAAACAAGUGGCACAGUUCUGGGAUGAACGAUGGAGCAAGAAGCGUAUGAUUACAGACAUAAGCUUUUCCCCAAAGGCUAGUGCUCUAAAACUCUCUAUUUCUAUACAGUGA